AUGACAACCUUUGAUGGCCAAGUACGCGAAUACCCUGUCAUUGCUAUCGAUCGUUUCAAACCACAGGCGGGCGUCAAGUACUACUUUCUUACGCAUGCUCAUGCUGACCACACACAAGGUCUUGAGAAUAGCCAAUUCAGAGGCAAAUUGCAUUGCACAGAGAUUACAGCCAAGUUUUUAUUGAACAAGAGGAUACGAAAGAAGCAGCCAUUUGCAUAUCUACGUUCUUCUAUGAUAACACACGUCGAGAUGGAAGAGUUUAUCCUGGAGACGACCGAGUACGGCAGAUUGACAAUCACAUUUCUACCAGCAAAUCAUUGUCCAGGUGCUAUUAUGAUCUUGAUUCAAGGAUGCAAUGGGACCGUGCUUCAUACAGGCGAUAUGCGAGCUGAACCAACCUUUGUGGACGAUUCUUUAUCCAUUCUCGAGACUCUCAAGAUACGCCACUUGUACAUGGAUACCACCUUUUGUGCUCAACAGUUCGACACUUUUAUUACAAAGGACAAGGCCAUUGAGCUGUUGAUUGAUCUUGUUCAAAAGAGUCCAAAGGAUCAGCAAUUCUAUCUUGAUUUCUGGAUGUAUGGGCACGAAGAAUUAUGGUUCGCCAUCGCUCAUACUUUUGACAGCAAGAUCCAUGUUUCCCCUGAGCGAUAUCAGCUCUAUUGUUCAGCACAACCAAGCUACAAUGACAUUUUGACGCUUGACAGCGACGUGCGUUUCCAUUCCUGUCGAUGGCAAUCUCCAUGUUGUCAACAUAGCAACAAGACCACUUGUGUUUAUCCAAAGCCUACAACAGAUCCUAGCAUGCGGUUGUAUGAAAAUGAAGAGUACUUGCUGCGUACCGAUUUACCACGCAACGUUCAACUGAAUCAAUACUUGGUGCUUCCGUUUUCGAUGCAUUCAUCUUUGAGCGAGAUUGUUGGAUUUAUAAAGUAUGUGAGACCGUCACGAUUGACCGCCACUGUGGCCCACGGGAAAUGGAAUCAGGUCGAAUAUAUGCGCAACUUGCUCAGCUUGCAUGGUGCCGACGUGUUCAGUAGUGGCAACCAAAGCAGUGGUAACGAUAGCAGUAGUAUCAGCUUGUUGAUCGGAUCCACGGAUGAAAGCAACACAACGCAAGAUACCUUUUUGUUCUCGGAUGAAAAUGAUCCUGCACUAGCAGCACCCUCUUGUCAACCCACCACCACCAAAUAUGAUCGGGCAGCAGCCAAAUUUCGAGAACGAUAUUCAAAACGCAAAUCAAUCCAUAUCAGUACUCUAGAAACAUUAACAUGGUACGGCAGCUCAAUCGAAGAAUUAGCAGUGCCAACGAACGAUGAUGAUGCCAAGGAGCAACAACAACAACGACCAAAAGACAAUAGCAGCUCACGCGAAUCAUUGCAACAAGUAUCUGGAAACAACAAAAAAGCCAAAACCGAAGAACAGCAUAAAGCCGCCACCACCACACCCAUCGUCAUCUGCUUAGAUUGA